ACUGCCAAAGGCAGUCAGAUUUUAACAAUUUCGCCAAAAGGCAAAAAGGAAAACCAAGACCCCAACCAAAAGCUGCCGGGGAAGACCUCUAAACAACCCUGGGCCCAAAAAUGUACCGUAUCUAUCACCUGCGACAAUGGCUGGAGUGGUAUUCCUGACGUCCGCUUCGAGGAAGGAUUAUCUUCCGCUGAAGGCGGGGGUGGAGAUGAUGAUGAUGACAGUAAUAUAUCCUUCUACACUCUUUUCCUAGAGAAAGAUGAGAAAGAUCCACAGAAGGAAUGUUCUCCACCCCCUAAGGCUGAGCUAAUCUCCUUCCGUGUAAGGACUGGAGACCAUGAAGUGGCAGAGUGGUGCUCUGUUCAUGUCAAUGGUUGUCUCUAUGUCCAUGUCCCUGAAGAUGAAAUGCUACCAGGAAGCAAAGAGUGCUUUGUGUCAUUGCUGGAAUAUGCUGAAGAGGAACUUGCCUGCACACAUGUGUUUGUGUGUCUUCUGAAAGACAGGCCAGACAGAGCAUCAAUGAUGAGAACAUUCAUGUUCAUGGGAUUCCAGACUGUUAAGCCUGGACAUGAAAUGUGUCCUGAUGAUCCUAAAUAUGUCUUUAUGGCAUACACUAUUGAUUAACAAAACCAAUUGAAUAAUUGAUCAACUUGUAGACAACAUCACAAGGUCCCAAAACUUCACAUCGUAAAAAAGUAUCAGUUCAGUGAGUUGUAGAUAUUGUAUGUCACAUUAUUUYAUUGCAUAAAAAUGCAUCUAAGCUUUUGUCUAGUAAGGGAUAGGUACAGUGUAAUGGUAGAUGAACAAAUUGUCAGGAUGACAUCUCUCUUUCUGGUCAAGUGGAUUAAAAGGUCUGACAACAGCUAAUUUGAUGUUUGAAAUUAUCUCUUUGGAGUGAGUUCACUUAGCUACAAUAGCUGUCAUGAGAAUUUGUUCAUUUUGUAUGUAGUCCACAUAGUGUAUCUGUUUAGAUUUCUAAACCUCAGUUAUUUGUCUAUUUAUCCUUUAAUACUAUUAUACAUUGUAUUCAUUUUCACAUGUAUUCAUUWUAAGUUUCCAAACACUAUAUCAUUAAAUUAAAUAUAUUUGAUUGUAAAAAGGUGCUAGGGUGAUUUUCUGUAGACUAGGAAACGAAAAUGACAAGUUUGUACCAGYACGAUGAGUUUGAAGUCUACUGAUUUAGUUGACAAAAAUUGCUAUUACAAAGAUAAAUGUAAUAUUUUGUGUUGAUAAAAAUAAAGAUUGUAUGAUUAUC